GAAGGCAGCAGCAGACGGGAGGUGGAGGAUGAAGGUUGGAGAACCAGAGCAGCUAACGCAAACACUCAGCCUGUUUUCUGCUAAACAGACGCUGCUUGAGUGGCUUUGGCGCUGCACAGUAAACCCAAUCUGGCCGUUUUCUUCCGGCUAAAGAUGUGACUUUCGUCGGGUGUGUGUGAAACGGCAGAAUGUGCCGGUAGCUAGCUCGGUUACCGUGAAGACAGAAAGGACAUCUGGGUGUCUUUGAGCCUAAUCUUCGGAUGAGAGUUUCGGUGAACGGCUAAACCCCCCAUGUUCGGUCGAACCGCUCCGGUUCCGGUUCAGUAACAGCAGAAGAGGAGAGAAUAAACCACCGAGGUGUCAAAAUGAAAUUCACGGAGCAUCUGUCGGCUCACAUCACCCCGGAGUGGAGGAAGCAGUACAUCCAGUAUGAGGCUUUCAAAGAGAUGCUGUAUGCUGCUCAGGACCAGGCCCCAUCCAUCGAAGUCACAGAUGAGGACACAGUCAAGAGGUACUACGCCAAGUUCGAGGAGAAGUUCUUCCAGACGUGUGAAAAAGAGCUGGCCAAAAUCAACACCUUCUACUCUGAAAAGCUGGCCGAGGCUCAGCGGCGAUUCGCCACGCUACAGAACGAGCUGCAGUCCUCAUUGGAUGCACAGAGGGAGAGCUCAGGUAAUGGGCGGGGCCUGCGGAGGAGGAAGACGGUGUUCGCCCUGUCGCAGCAGGAGAGAUGCAAACACAGGAACAUCAAGGACCUGCAGCUGGCCUUCUCCGAGUUCUACCUCAGCCUCAUCCUGCUGCAGAACUAUCAGAACCUGAACUUCACAGGUUUCAGGAAGAUCCUGAAGAAGCAUGACAAGAUUUUGGAGACGUCCAGGGGAGCCGACUGGAGGGUGGCCCAUGUGGAGGUGGCUCCAUUUUACACAUGCAAGAAGAUCACCCAGCUGAUCUCUGAGACCGAGGCUUUGGUCACAACAGAGUUGGAAGGAGGCGACAGGCAGAAGGCCAUGAAGAGGCUGAGGGUUCCUCCUCUGGGAGCUGCACAGCCGGCUCCUGCUUGGACCACCUUCAGAGUCGGCCUUUACUGUGGAGUGUUCCUCGUCUUGUUGGUCACUGUGGUCAUCACAGGAGCUGUGGUGAUCCGGAGUUCUGAUGUUUGGCCCAUGGUCAGGAUCUACAGAGGAGGAUUCCUGUUGAUAGAAUUCCUCUUCCUAUUAGGCAUCAACACCUACGGCUGGAGGCAGGCAGGAGUCAACCAUGUGCUGAUAUUUGAGCUGAACCCCAGAAACAACCUGUCGCACCAACAUCUGUUUGAGAUUGCGGGUCUGUUGGGGGUUCUGUGGUGCGUCAGUCUGCUGUCCUGCCUCUUCAGCGACAGUAUCCUGGUCCCGAUGCAGGCCAACCCUCUGGCUCUCUACGGCUUCUUCCUCCUCUUCCUCAUCAACCCCUUCAAGACCUGCUACUACAAGUCACGCUUCUGGCUGCUCAAACUCCUGUUCCGGGUGGUGACGGCUCCUUUCCAUCGGGUCGGAUUCGCAGACUUCUGGCUGGCCGACCAGCUCAACUCUCUGGGGGUGCUUCUGAUGGAUCUGGAGUACAUGAUCUGUUUCUACAGCUUCGAACUGGACUGGAAGAAACACGACGGACUGAUCAGCAAAGGUAAAGACGUGUGUAAUUCUUACUCCUACGGCGUUCGUGCGGUGAUCAAAUGUCUUCCUGCCUGGUUCCGAUUCGUCCAAUGUCUCCGACGUUACCGUGACACCAAGCGGGCCUUCCCUCACCUGGUGAAUGCUGGGAAAUAUUCCACUUCCUUCUUCGUCGUCACCUUCUCAGCCCUUUACAGCACACAUAAAGAUGAAGCUCCUGCUGAAGCUCAGAUCUUCCUCUAUUUGUACAUCGGCUGUUUGGUGGUCAGCUCAUGCUACACGCUGGUCUGGGAUCUGAAGAUGGACUGGGGUCUGUUUGAUCGGAACGCAGGAGAAAACACCUUUCUGAGAGAGGAGAUAGUCUACCCCCACAAGGCCUAUUACUACAGCGCCAUCGUGGAGGACGUUCUCUUACGCUUUGCUUGGAUUUUAACCAUCUCCCUCACCACACUCACUGAUUUCCACGGUAUGGCUGACAUCCUGGCUACGAUUCUGGCUCCACUGGAGGUGUUUAGACGCUUCGUGUGGAACUUCUUCCGACUGGAGAACGAACAUCUGAAUAACUGUGGUGAGUUCAGGGCCGUCAGAGACAUCAGCGUGGCUCCGCUCAACGCCGACGACCAAACCCUGCUGGAGCAGAUGAUGGACCAGGAGGACGGGGUCAGGAACCGGCAGGGCAAGAAGAGCUGGAAGAGGAGCUACAGCAUGAGUCUACGCCGGCCACGACUCGCCUCACAGUCCAAGACCCGUGACACCAAGGUUCUGAUAGAGGACACCGACGAUGACUCCUGACAUCAGGCCACGCCCCUCGCCUGGGUCCAGAAUUUAUUCAAAGGAGGAAACUCCACCUCCUAACUGAGGAAUUACCCAGCGAGCAGGCGUUGAACUCUCAACCGAGAAAGAGUUUUAAACUGUCAUACCUACGUAAUCUUCUCUCCAAUGCAUGAGCCUCGGCUCGGGUUCAGAACUCUUUCAGGAGAAGAACCUUCACCUCUUGAACAAACAACCCAGCUAGUGGCCAUCCUACCUUCAAUAGUAACCAACGGUGGGCUUAUCACUUAAACUCUACCUGACAUCUAGAGCCACCCAGAGGUGGACUCUUGAACUGCAGCCUCUCCUCAUUGCCUGGGCUGUAAGCCUAGCAUGAACAACCAGCUACAUGGAACUCAAACCGAUAACCUGACUUGAAGUGUCCUCACCCACAUGGUGCCACUGAAAGCUUCCUGCUGUCCUUUAGCUAUUAUUACACUCCCAGCAUCCAGAAAUGAUGUGCUAUCGGCUCCUCAAGAGAUUUGAAGUCACCCUGUAAUUUGGACCAGAAGCCCUUUUUGCCACCAGAAGAGAAUUUAAAGGGUUGAGGAAUGUCCUCCUCCUCCUGCUGUGUUUAUGGCGACAACAGACAAUGCUGAAAAACAGUUGAUAACGCUGACAGGCCACUGGCUUGACUCCCUUUGCUCUUCAGCUUUUGCCCUCCGUCAAACCAUCACAGAGCUGCCUACCUGCACCUUACACGCUUUACAAACACACAAACACACAACACACAAACACACAACACACAAACACACAACACUGUUGGAGAAGUGAAUUGGAAUGGAAUGCCUAUGGUGUGCUCAGACACACAAACAGUGAUUUUAAAUAGUUUUAUUGCUGAUGGAUGUGAAACUUUUGGCCAUUAUUCUUAUUGAGAACCUGGGAUGAAGACACACACACACACACACAAACACACACACACACACACACACACACACACACACACACACACACACACACACACACACAGAAUAGCAGUUAUUUGUACUGUGGUUGUAAAUAUGAGAUGGACCAAAGUAGAAGGUGGUGUGAAAACAUUGAGAAAUAUCAAGUAGAAAAAAAUGAUAGAAAGCGAAGCUCAGACUGUAUGGAACAGCAGCUGGAAUGACUGUUCAGCCACGGAGCUGAGAAGGAGUUUUUUGUUUUUGGGGAAAAAGAUGAAGAUCAUCUUAUUCAUUCUAUGGUAACUCUCACUCGCCCUCUGAAGAAGAUCCUCCACUGGGAAACGAUUCUGCUGAAUGUAUGCUAACUUAUUUGUGCAUGUGUGAGCGGGAGAGAUUCCUAAACACCACUUGUCAACUCAUUUAGGAUUGAAGAUGCGUUCCGAGGAGGUUUUGCUUUGGCCCCUGAAAUCUUGAUUGAAAAACUGUUUGAUUGGAAAGUGUUGGUUCAUAACACAGUAACUCCUGUCAGUGAAAUAAUUUGAUUGAAAUGUGAUGAUGAAAAGAGAAGAGGUCACCUGUCUGUCACCUACUGGUUCAAACUGUCAAAAUGUUGGUUUAGUUCAGCUCAGAUCCCAAUCAAAUGGCUUUUGGAGUGAAUCCGAUUGACAGUGUCCAUAAAAAGUUUUUAUCCUCCUUGGAAGUUUUUCCCUAUUAUUUAUUUUUUGACAGGAAUUUACAGGAAAUAUUCUUUCAUUCCAAAUGGAAAACAGAUUUCUACAAAGUAAUAUCAAUACAAAAUGAAAACUAAAUCAAUGUUUGGUAGAUGCAUAUUUGGCUGCAGUUACAGUGUUUUCCCUGUGUGGAUAAGUCUCAAUCAGCACAUCCACCUUUACAAGCCCUUCACGACUUGCUGUCAAUAAGUAUCCCCACACCAUGAUGCUGCCACCGCCGUGCUUCACUGUGGUGUCUGCCAAACGAAAUGUCUCUGGUGUCCAAAAAGCUCUAUUUUUGGUCUUUUAAACCAAAGAACCUCUUACCAGUUGACUUCAUGGGGCAUUAAUACUUUUUCAAGCAUUUAUUUUACUUUUAAUUAUUUGGAAAUUCAAUUGUUUAAAUGCUCAAAAACAAUUAAAGGCUAAAAAUUCCAAGGGUGCUGAGGACAACUUCUAGCCACUGUACAUUCUGGUGUUACUCAGGUUGAAUAACAUGUUGACACAAAGUCAUUUUAAUAUAUUGUAUGUUCAGUAUGUAUUUUAAUUCUGAUUAUAUAGUUGUGCAUCUACUUUACAUCCUCAGAUGUGUAUAGCAGGGAAAAGAUCAUCCCAGUCACGGUAAUCCAAAAUGUUUCAGUCAGAGGUAACCAAACUUCUUUUUCUUGCUCUAGAAGAUGUUUCUCUUCUCAUCCAAAAUGCAUCCGCAGUUCAGACUGAUUAGUGGGGAUUCUCAUCACCAUAUCACAUGACUGAUAGUCAUUCAACGAUCCACGAUUAAAGGUGUUCAUUGGUGGAGGGAUCUUAGGACUGCGUUCUAAAUACCAGAUAAUCAGUGCUGUAGACGCCCAUGGCUGUUCCAGUUAUCAUAGAUGUUUUUAUUCACUCCCAAACCAUUUAUCUUCUCUUGUCUAUAUUCUGAGUAUUUCUGUCAUCGAAAGGAGCGUCUCUUAUCUUUAGAUGCAGGUGUUCUGCUGAAUCUUGUCCGUUGGAGCAGGUUCUCCUGUGCUGUGCCAUGCAUCUCCCCAGUAUAAAGGUCUGUGGACUCCUGGUUGCAUUGGACAGUGUAUACAAUUAGUCAUCCCUCUAAGGGCAGCUUCACAACAGGCUGUGAGCCUUCUGAUUUGGUGGUGAGACUAAAUAUCUGGGACUCCUCACCAGUCAGAACUAAGGAAGCCUCUUGGAUGAGAGUUGAAACAAUCAGAGGAACAACAAAACAAAUGUGUCUUGGUACCUUGUACUGAAUCAGUUUCUCCAGGCUUUCAUUUUGGAAUGAAUGUGGAGAUUUUUCAUUCCAAACUUCACUCAUUUAGCGGCACCAAGCUUUACUUGUCUGAAUAAACUCAGCAUUCUGUACAUUUGUACAACAUUAAGUAAAACCAAUUCUUGUUUUCCAGAACAAUUGUUAUUUUAAAUUAUUUAAGUACUUUCAUUUUACUGAUUUUCUGAUGGUGGCUUAAGAUCAGACGUAAAUGUGGGAAAACUGCAGUGACUAGACUAAUGAAACAGGGCAGCAGAGUGAUAUGUAUGACAUGACUGUGUUCUACUGGUGGAAUUGUACAUUAUGCUGCUUUGAUUGAGUUUUCUUAGACUCCUGGUUUCACAUUGGUUCAUUUUGGUUAAAUAUAGGUGAAGUUUAAAAAGCCAUUUUCAGAAGGACAAUGCAUGCAGCUAGUCGGUGUCACAUUGGACAGUAGAAGACAUUUCUGAGUUGUCUACUCUGCUUUGUGUGCACCACAAGAGUUCAGAUAGCUACAGAAAUGAGGACAACACUUGCGUCCUCUUGUACAUAACUUUCAAUCAAAGAACAUUUCUGUCUUCUGCAAACAGACGUGAUUGUUCCAUCCAAAGAGUUCAGCGUCCGGUUGUUCGGGACUUUUAUUUUGGUAACUCCUCAGGUUCUCAUGUUAACACAUAAAUUAGGUUAUUGCAAAGCGAUUCCUGCAUUACCAGCAGCAUAUUCCACAGUGACAGGAGACUGGGAGAUGAGAUGUGAUUAAGAUUCGUACUCAGGAUAUUGUGAGCACAUUUUAACCUUAGCCAGUUAUUUCAGCUUCCUGACUGCCUCUCAGCUGCCUCCACUCCUUUUUCUCUUCUCACAGCCAUUAUUUUAUGAUUAUUUACGCCAUUUGAAACCUCAUUCCGUGAUUUGAGUUUGUUUCUUAGAUGAUUACACCCAGAGAUCUGUGCAUCCAAAUCCAGGAAAUGGACCAAAUAAUGUGGUUUGCCACAGAGUAAUUUUUAGGUUUUGGGGGUUUUUUUUGUUUGUUUUUUUUUUGCUCCAGUAAUUUGAACAUUUCAGCUGCUGCCAGGCUGACUGCUCUCUGACUGAUCUGGACCAUGGCACAUUGGGUUUACAGAUUGUAUUUUGGUUUAAGUUCUCUUUCUGCAUUCCUGACACUUCCAUUGAACAUAUAAAAUACACAUUUCCAGUAAAGAUGUUUGACACUGUGACAGACGGUGAAAUCCUCUUCUCUGUUCAGAGGAAAUCCACCACUGAAGAAUAGGCCUGGGUAUCAAACUUCAGUAUUCUUGUCAGAAUGUGGUGGAGAGUCAACUCUGAAUGUUGGUUCCAGUUUGUGAUUCCUGUUCUUUGUUCAUAUAGUUUCAGAUUUAACUUAAAAUGCUGCCGAUUUUAGGCAGGUUUGUUGUGUUUGGGAGACAUUUUAAUGCUUUUUUGUUAAAUGAAGACAAGAAUUGUGUUCAUUCCUUAUCAUACAGUUUCUGAAACGUCUACGGCAUUGCAUCUUGCAUCAAAAAAUGUUGAGCGAUGCUCGGUUUAACCUCCAGUGGUGGAAUCUGCUGGACCAAACACAUGUUCUUUCAGAAUGUCUUAGGAAUGUUUAAACGUAACCCUGUCUGUUUUCUGCCGACUGAUUCCCAACAUGCCACUCUGUACUAACCGAUUCUGUCCAAGAUCUCACUAAUGUAAUCACCCGAAAGCCAUGUUCUGGCCUCAAUGGGACCAUUUUCUGGCUUUAUCGUGCUGUUGGGGAGUAUCAUGCUGGGUUCAGACUGCAGGAUGAUGCUGUCUAAAUAAGAUGUCAGAUCAAAAUAGAGUUUUAACUUCUUGCAGUGAUUUGGCUCAGAGUUCCUUGACAAAUCAUUUGUCUUUCAGGGUGGUUUCAUUGGAGAGAAACUGCUAGAAAACGACAUCUAGACACUAGAAGUAGUGUUUUUGAUAGCGACAGAGGACAGUGUGGGUAGUUUAUCUUCCAGCCUGUUGUUGUGUACUGUUCAGGAAGAUUUCAAAGAGUUAAUUUGGACAUCAUAAGGUGUCCAAGAUGCAGGAACUAUCAGUUGUUGCGGCCAAAUCCAAUUUUUGGUCCUGAUGUCUUUAAGGUCGGGCUACUUUCCAGUAAGUAUAGCAUUGCUAGACCAUUCUACACAGUCAGCAGUGAAGAGUGGUCUGACUGCACCACAUUAUUAUUCAUUCUACUUUAGGGAGAAAAAAAUGUGUUGCUUGUUUGUGUUUCCUUGACAUAAUCAUUUUGGACGAAGCUAAGCCCAGGAUGCAUCGUCCCUGCAACGGACAAUUUGUUGGAAAAACAAGCAUUAUUAUACGAUCCGAAUCUUAAGGAAAACUAGAUGUUUUCAGUGUGAAGUUGUUUCCUGUAGUGAAGGGAUUUUGGAAACCGUAACACACAGAUAAUGGAAAGUAACAGUUAAAUGGGCGACUUCAACCUCAAGUCUACAUUGGAUAAGUCAGAGAGCAGUCUGAACCCAGUGUUGGACCCACACAUGAAGGAUGCUGUCAAGUUUCUAAACAGAAUUUAGGGAUUGAAUGAAGUCGUAAUUUGAAAAUCUGUCCAAGAUCUCUGCGGAGGAAACAACUCAGCUGGCAGCUCCAAGGUUAACUGACUGCAGAUCUUGCCGGCAUCAAAAGGAGAAUGGGGUUGUUGCUGAGACCUGAACUGAAGCUCACUUUCCCAUGGCAACGCUAUCCUCUACUCUACAAGCCUCUACUCCAAGGCUUUUUAUUCUUCAAACAACAGGUCGUGCGUUUCUGAAGUCGGUUGUUUGGUGACCAUGUGAGGACACUGUGUUCUCUGGUCUUCAUGCACCCACUGAUCCUGCAGCGUGGAGCCUCAUUCAUCCAAGGAUUUGAUUCAUUUUACACAUAUUUUACCCUGUUUUGACUCCAUAAACUUGUUGCUUGUUUGAAAGUAAACCGGUCAAAGCUGAGAUACUUCAUGAUGUGAGAUAUUUGAUGGCCCAAAGCUUCCUCGGUGUGGAACAUAAAAUCGAUCAAAAUUUCUCUGACGCGCACAAUUUAGGCAAAUUUUGAACCAGAAUACAAUGAAGACAUGUUCGUCUCCAUCUACCAGAACCAGUUCAUUUUUAUGACAGAGCAUUUUUAAUCCUGACCCCAUUGCAGCGUGACCCAAAGCUGCUGAUUAUACAAGCCAUCAUUUAAUGAUGAACAUGUUGAUUAGAAGCAUUGUAUAUUCGGUGACCGUGCUGUGGGUGUUUUCUUUAUGUACAGUAGCAGCGUGAUGCUACAGAGGUGCUCGGUUCACCAACCCCUGUUACAGUUUUUCAGUAAAAAUGGCUAAAGCUCAAAAAUG